UUCUUCUUGCUUUUUGUGUGCCAGGUUCACAGCGAGUUGGAAGGGGUGACGGAUAAACUUGGCCGCGAAGCCAGGUCCGGGAUUUUCAACGUGAAACGUCACCAGCCGCGUUCACCGAGAACACCAACAGCGGCUCCGAUCGGCUGGAACCUCGCGUUGUCUGUCAGACCGGAACCCUUGUACAACCCCAAUCGACGCGAUUACAGAGUUCUUUAUCCCACGAUGAUCGCUGAGCCCGAUCGUCGCGAAUUCGCGAAACCCGUCGCCAACCUGAUGGACACUGGCGUGUCCCCGUUUCCUUCAUCCUGUUUGAUAGCAACGCGUCCGCGGCGAUUGAAACAAGAGCGACACCUAGAUGCGAUAAAUUUAGAUGCUUGCGGAGAUUUUGAACACGACUUCGCGCCGUGUCUCUUGCCCACCGUGUCUGAGGUCGACGACUUGUUCGGCACUGGUAGUUUUGAUUCUGUUGUGCAGCAUCAUAGGCCUGGUCGCCGGCGGCAUCGGAACAAGCACGUGGUUGGAUCGUCGCCGAACAAGAGCGGGGAUCCGCAACAGUAUGAAGAAAUUCCGGACGACUUUAAGCCAGCUGAAAACGGCGAUAUUGGAGAGUCGACUAAAGUAAACGGGACCAAGUCACCGGAAAUCCAAUACGAUAUCCCUGUCGAGGCUACCAGAGAGGGACUUCCGCCAGGAGUUAUGUACCGCGUGAGGGCGACUUACAGGUACCAGAAAGAAGAUGUGGACGAGUUGUCGUUCGACGUGGGCGAGAUCAUUCAAGUUAUUGAAUUUGAUGAUACUGAGGACCAGGAAGAAGGUUGGUUGAUGGGAGUCAAGGAGAGCACUGGUGAGAAGGGCCUGUUCCCUGCCAACUUCACCCGUCCAAUUUAGUUGGCUGCGAAUGAAGCGGAAGCAAAACCUAUAACAUCCUCUUGUAAAUAUACUCCAUGAGAAGCCUGCCAUACCUUUGACAAGAAGCGAGAGAGAGAAAGAGGGAGAUGAAAAAAACUCGAGAGAGCAAAAUUUAUUGCGAAGAAUUGACGACCAAUUUUUGCUUCUUCCGCUCGCUCGUCAAACGCCGCUCUCCCGUUUGCGUUUUUUUUUUCGCGAGCAACCAGAACAUCAAUUCACUUGUUUUUUUCCUUCCUUCCUCGGAUUACGCGAAGGAGGAAAAGCCUGAUUGAAUACUCAAAAAAAAAACAAAAACAAAACACCAUUGUCUUCUCAUCGCCUCAGAUCAUGGGUUGUGAGAUGAAAGAAUGGGAUUUUUUGUUUUCUUUUAUUGUAGUCUACGUGGUGCUAAAUGACAAUCCAUGACUAUAUGCGAUGUGGGAGGAAAUUUUAGCUUGGAAGAAGAAAGAAAGGCUCGAAUGUAGUUGUAUUCAGUUCAACAAAAUUUCUGUUGGAACCUUUUUUCGAAAAAAAAAUGAGUCUUGGUAUAUCUUAUCUUGAGAGGCUUAAUGCUAAGUUUUUCUUUGUUUUUUUUUCUGCCUUGGAAUGUGUGCGUGCAAACGUGUCCAUCUUUCAUUUCACGCGUGUUUCACUGUUUGUUCCGGCCUAAUUUUUCUAUUUCGAGUCGUGCAAUAAUCGUGUAAAAAGGUUUCUGUGCCUCGGGAUUUUACGUUUGUCCUGGUAACAUGUAUAUGCGGAAAAUUUUAUUUCAUUUUUUUUUUCGUGCGAAUGGUUUGAACGGAUUUGUGGUUUUAGCAGGGAUUGUGAUUGUGAAUGAUUGUCCAACAAUAUGCUCAGCGAACAACCUGUGUUUGUAUUCGGGAUGCCUCAGCGUUUGUGCCGAAGCUUGUCCGACUUUUGUUCUUCCUAUCGUAUAUUUCGACAUUUUUUCGUGAUUUAAAAAAAGAAAGGAGUGUAAAUCCAAGAUGGAUGACGAAUUUGAAGAAUCGUUUUGGAGCAGCGACGAUAUCGGCAUUCUAUCAUAGUCCGACGCAUCAUAUACGUAAUUUAAUAUCCGACAGGAAACUUCAGGCUUUUCUUCGUUUGAACCUUAUUUUAAAUACUGGUAAUCUUUUACAGUACUAUUCUCGGUGUUCUUUCAGAAGAUAAUGGAUAAUUGCCUACGUGUUCAAUUAAUGUUUAAGCAUUGCAUUUUAUCGUGAACCAGAAAUUUUUUUGAAUUCCUAUGCUAGAAAGUAUUUUUCUUAACUUUGACUUUUGUUUUACUCAGCCUUCUUUCGAUCUAAAAAAAAUUUUUCAACUGUUGGUUGAAAAAUUAUGCUUGAACCAGCUUUUUAGCCGAAUAACUGUUCUUUAAUUUGCAAGUUCAGUGUAAGUGGUUCCCUGUAAGUGCCAGUGCACAGAAAUUUAAUUGCAGGUCUAUUGGAGUCCCUGUAUAUUUCUUUUUAAUUCUUGUAACGUUUGUUUAUUUCUUUAAUAUUCACAAAAGUGGCCUAAUGGGGCAUGAAAACUUACUUGAUUUACCUGAGUAACAUGCAUCCUGGAGUAAAAUGUGCACUUCCUAUCUUAAGCCAAAAUUGUGAUAAAAAAACCUGUCCUCAAGUUAAAUGUGCAGUCCAUUUUGUGAUUACUUAAAAAAUGAAUCUAUCGACAUUUGAACUGAUUCAAUUUUAUUCAGAUUUUUAAGUAUUGCUUCGACGAGUGACUCAGAUGUGAUGUCCACCAAAUGAUGAACACCAUCUUUAUUUCUAAUGAAAAUUUGUUUUUAAUUGUGCAAGGUAUGCAAGUAAAUAUUUCAAGUCGAGAACCUUUGUUCUAGGCUAUAAUUUUUGAAGUUUCUUCACUAGUUUAUUGCUUCCUGUUUCAUUUCUGCAGCUGGCUUGGUAAUGUACUGGACUAUGAAUGGAAUGUGAUGUCUUCUAUAGGCACUGCUUAAAUAGUUGGGCCUUUUUUUCUCUUCCUGAAAGGUUUGUCGAAGCCUGAGGCGAGUGUCGUUUUUUUUUUGCGGUUCAAAUCGUUUUGUAGAAUCCCCAGGAUUUAUUAUGCUUGACAGUGACAAUUUUCUUUUUUUUUUUUGUUGCGAGUAUCGGUAUUGGUGUGUGUUACCCUUCUCUGCCGUGUUGCGCUUGGGUUGUACUGUAAUUUUUGAGGCAGCGACGAGGCUGACAUAAGCUGGGGCGAAUUGGCUAUCAC